AUGGCUCCCGCUGCCAAGAAGCCUCAGGUCAAGAAAAAUGCUGAAAACAUCAACACCCGAUUGUCCAUGGUGAUGAAAACCGGAAAGUACGUACUGGGCUACAAACAGACAUUGAAGGCUCUUCGAAACGGAAAGGCCAAGUUGGUCAUUAUCGCCAACAACACUCCUCCCCUCAGAAAGUCUGAGAUCGAGUAUUACGCAAUGUUGGCCAAGACCGGUGUCCAUCACUACAACGGAAACAACAUCGAACUUGGAACUGCUUGCGGUAAACUUUACCACGUCUGUACUUUGUCGGUCACUGAUGCUGGAGAUUCUGACAUCAUCCGCAGCAUGCCAUCAGAAACGGCGUAAUGUUGUUAUUGUUGAUUUUAAAUAAAUUGUUUAUCUGUUC